AUGAAGAGAAAGAUGGAUUUGGUUGAAGAAGAACACGAGGGUGAACAUGAAGAAAGCGAAAGUUCUGGUGAUGAAAGCGAGGAUGAAGAACCGAGAAGAAAAGAAGAACCAAGAAUAAAAGAUGUUUUGAGUCAUCUUUACCGCGCCGUGCCGGAAAAGCGUGCUUCUGAUUUGCUGCAUAGUAAGGCCGCGUCCAAAGAUAUUCUUUUCUGGACUCCCAGCGGACAAUAACUUCGAAAUAAACGCACUAUUCCCGUAUCAAGCAUCGUUGUGCUAGUUGAGUAUGUGUUAUUCCCUCAUAACAAUGAAGUUACCAAGCCUCGUGCGCUGAACACGUUUCUAGAUGGACUUGCAGAGUUAGGAAUCGAUAAAAGUUUAAUCAAGAACAAAAAGUUGUUAAGUGAUUUAAUAGAAAAGGAAAAAGGCUACCAAAAUGUAGAAAAUACUUCCGAUAACGAGAGUAAUAAUGAGGAGAGUUCAUCGGAUGUUGAAAAUCAGGAGGAGGAGGAGGAGGAAGUGGCUUCUGAGAAUGGCGUUGAAGCUGAAGGCACCCAAGAGAGCGACAACGACACUGAAAACGACAGUCAGGAAACAGAAAGUAGUAGCCCUGAAACGUCCACCGCCUCUCACUCUAAAUGUCCCUGUGAA